AAUCCGCACCUCGGACCUGCAGCGGCGGUGUCACGCAAUGGGUCUUCGCCUCUGUCCCUACCAUGCGGCGCUGCUCCCGGGUGGCUUCCUGUGCCUCCUGCUCCUGGCGGAUCCGGCGCUCCCGGUCGGACGUCCCCCUCCGGUGGUGCUGGUGCCCGGUGAUUUGGGCAACCAGCUGGAAGCAAAGCUAGACAAGCCAACGGUCGUGCACUACCUGUGCUCCAAGAGGACAGACAGCUACUUCACGCUCUGGCUCAACCUCGAACUGCUGCUGCCAGUUAUCAUUGACUGCUGGAUUGACAAUAUCAGGCUGGUCUACAACAGAACAUCCCGGGCCACCCAGUUCCCAGAUGGUGUGGAUGUGCGUGUCCCUGGCUUUGGGAAGACUUUCUCACUGGAGUUCCUGGACCCCAGCAAAAGCAGUGUGGGUUCCUAUUUCCAUACCAUGGUAGAGAGCCUUGUGGGCUGGGGCUACACACGGGGUGAGGAUGUCCGGGGGGCUCCCUACGACUGGCGCCGAGCCCCAAAUGAAAACGGGCCCUACUUCCUGGCCCUCCGGGAGAUGAUCGAGGAGAUGCACCAGCUGUAUGGGGGCCCUGUGGUGCUGGUUGCCCACAGCAUGGGCAACAUGUACACACUCUACUUUCUGCAGCGACAGCCACAGGCCUGGAAGAACAAGUACAUCCGUGCGUUUGUGGCGCUGGGUGCGCCCUGGGGGGGCGUGGCCAAGACUUUUCGUGUCCUGGCCUCAGGAGACAACAAUCGGAUCCCGGUCAUCGGGCCCCUGAAGAUCCGGGAGCAGCAGCGGUCUGCUGUCUCCACCAGCUGGCUGCUGCCCUACAGCUCCGCCUGGUCGCCCGGCAAGAUCUUCGUGCGCACACCCACAACCAACUACACGCUGCGGGAUUAUCGCCGCUUCUUCCAGGACAUCGGCUUCAGAGACGGGUGGCUCAUGCGGCAGGACACGGAGGGGCUCGUCGAAGCCACGGCGCCACCUGGCGUGUCGCUGCACUGCCUCUACGGCACUGGGGUCCCCACGCCAGACUCCUUCUACUACGAGAGCUUCCCGGACCGCGAGCCCAGAAUCUGCUUUGGCAACGGCGACGGCACCGUGAACUUGCAGAGUGCCCUGCAGUGCCGGGCCUGGCGCGGCCGCCAGGAGCAGCCAGUGUCUCUGCAGGCGCUGCCGGGCAGCGAGCACAUAGAGAUGCUGGCCAAUGCCACCACCUUGGCCUAUCUGAAACGUGUGCUCCUUGGGCCCUGA